AUGCACGGUUGGGGUCUUUUCUUCUUCCUCCUAUUCCUCCUUCUCAUCUUUGCCAUCGUCGGUUGGGUCGUCUACACACAAGUCACUGCACGAAAACGAGGUCUACCCCCUCCGUCGCUGAAAUCAUGGAAAACUUAUGUUCCAUUCCUCCGGUCACAAGGUUCCUCGAAUUACCCGGCCCCACGCCAUGCCUCACCUCUCGAAUGGAUUCGCGACCAAUUCUCCAAGCUCGGCAAUAAGCGCAUGGCCCGGGGAGCCUACGAAGAGGCAGGCGGAGAAUCCGGGUAUGUCGGCGGAAGGGGCGGCGGGAGGAGAGGCAGAGGUGUCGAAGACGAUGCUUGGGACACCAGAGUUGGAAACGAGGAUGCCUAUGGCUCUGGACCAGGCUAUUCCGGAUAUGAAGAACAGGAGCUCGGAUUGGCACCGACACCAGGAUUGCAUGCCGAGCCUUAUAGUGGUGGGAGCGGCGGUGAUUACCUCGGCGCCGGCAGGGGCUACUCAGAUGCUGAUGGACGGGGACGACCAUCGAGUUCGAGAGGCCUGGGCUCAGAGAAUCCCUUCGGUGACCAGAACGAGGCGCCAAGUUUGAGGAGCGUCAGCCCACGACCAGAAGCGGAUAUCCGGGUGCAUACGAAGGGGAACGACAGUCUCGAUACACAGGGAAGCGGGGAUGGGAAUUCCAGUCCAAUCAGCACGAGAAAGAGUGUGUUCAGAGAAGAGAUGAGAUGA